GCUUCAAUUUCAAACAUUUACAAACACAAAAAGAUACCCAAACGAUACCACCUUUAUUAAUUUUGAGGGGUGUAUACUAGGUAGUUAGAUACCAGGAACCAGGAACAAACCAAUUCUACUUCACCUCACCCCGCACUCAAUCAUCAUGAAUGCCGAUGCAAUCCCCGACUUUCUUGGGGAGCAACGCGAUGCUGCGCCAGCAGACCUUCAACACCUUUUCUUAUCCUUCGAAGAUUUAUGGGAAAAGAAGCUGUGGCAUCAACUGACGGAUACUCUUGUUGAGUUCUUCAAUCACAAAGAAAGCGCUUCCCAACGAUUACCGAUAUACAAGACAUUCAUCCUCACAUUCGCCGAUAAGAUCAACCAGUUGAAGCUUGUUACUCUUGCUUUAAGCGCAGCUUCGCAGUGUAAAGGUAAUAGACUAAUCAUGAAGGCUCUAAAAUAACUGCUAACCUAGCAUUAGACAGUCAAGAGCGCUUGUCUUUCCUGGAGGCUGUAGCAAAGAAAGUCGAUAACCCAAAUUCCCAAGAUGCAUACGUAUACGCAACUGUGGCCGUGGCUACUGUCAAAUUAGAACUGCAAGAUCAAUAUGGGGCGAGGAAGGAUUUGGAUAAAUCAGAGAAGAUAUUAGAUGGAUUUGACUCCGUGGAGACAAUCGUACAUGCUGCUUUCUACCGGGUUAACGCAGAGUACUAUCAGUCCAAAUUGGAAUUCGCAUCGUAUUACAAAAACGCCCUGCUAUACCUAGCCUGUAUCAACCUCAAUGAUCUCACCCCCUCUGAGCGCAAAAACCGAGCCUACGAUUUGAGUAUCGCAGCACUUGUAUCCGACACAAUUUACAACUUUGGUGAGCUCCUUCUCCACCCCAUCCUCGACACUCUCGUAGAGGAUGACGCCUGGCUCCGAGAUCUCCUCUUCGCUUUCAACCGUGGUGAUCUUGCCGCCUACGAUGUACUCGCGGGUCACAUCACUUCCAACCCUCUCCUCGCACAACAUCGCGACGCACUCAAACAAAAGAUCUACCUCGCAGCUCUUACUGAAGCCGUUUUCCGUCGCCCUCCUCACGACCGCGCCAUGACGUUCCGUACAAUCUCUGAAGAAACAAAAGUCCGUCCUGACGAAAUUGAGCAUUUGAUCAUGAAAGCUUUGAGCUUAGGUUUAUUGCGGGGAAGUAUUGAUCAAGUGGACGAAAUCGCACGUAUCAAUUGGGUACAACCUAAGGUAUUGGACAUGUCACAAAUUGAGGGUAUGCGUACACGGCUAGAGGAAUGGGAUUCUAGCGUUAACUCACUGGGUAACUGGAUCGAGUCGAAAGGUCAGGAUGUGUGGGCAGCAUGAGCAGUAAAAUCAUGAUCAUGAAUGAAAAGGCAAGAAUGGCGUCUUCGGCUUGCAUGGGACUGUAAAAUAGAUAUUCCUUCUCCUACAUGCAUGCUUGUGGGCAGUUGCAUUUGUGCUGAGAAAGAAUAGAAUAAAAUGAUAUAUGAGAAGAAUAC